AUGUUCAAAAUCGCGUUCCCGUGGGCCAAGCAUGCAGAAGAAAGAGCAGAGCGCGAAUACCUCAAGUCGCUUGAAAGCACGAGCCACGAUGAUGUCGCCGGCAAUGUUUGGGUCUCACCAGAAUCUGCAUUGGAACUUGCCGAAGAUUAUGGGCUUGAACACUGGAUACGCGCUCUUCUAGACCCUGCUGACAUUCAGUCGAGCCCUACGAGCGCUCGAAAGAACAUUUCCGAGCCUCCCAAAUUCGAGCUUUCAGCUUCACUCAAGGAGAACGUCAAAUUAUCACCACCUGCCUCACUCGGCAAGCGUGGCCGCGGCGCACGAUCCUCAUCUCCAAUGAAAGCCACUCCUCAGCGAGUCAAGGCCUCACCACGGAAACGGCAGACGAAGAAGGAGAAAGAGGCCAAUACUGCUUAUGCGAACGCGGCAAGUGCAAGCUUACAGUCUGCGCUGGACGAUGCCGCUAGUGUUGCUGAAGCGACGCCUGCACCAGAAUCCGUUGUGAACGAUACAGAACACACCAACUCAGAACUGGACGGAGAAAUUCCAGCUCCAGAAUCACCAGUAGAUGAGUCUAAAGUUCGAGUCGAGGUCGAUCAAGAGGUCGAAGUCAAUGGCGAUACCGAAGUCACCCAUACGAACGUCACAGUAGAAAUGCCUGCGAGCCUACCGGAGCUUUCGAUACCGCAAGACACUGAAUCUAUGCUACGUCAAGCAAAAGAAAUGGUUGAGAAGGCGAAGGAGCUAGAAAGUUCACCAAGACCGUCGAGAUCAAAGAGGAAGAUUGAAGAGGUCGAGCCUUCAGAUGUGGAUGCUGAACUACCUGUACAGCCGACAAAGAGGGCGAAAUUACUGGAGGAGAAGUUGAAGCGAGAGAAGGUCAGGACGAGGGCAGUUUUUGGAGUGGCUGCCUCUUUGGCUGUGGCCGCCGCCAUUCCAUUCUUUCAGACGUUUUUCUAA